AUGGUUGGCGUAGAUCCGGAACAAGAAGAAGAACGUCGAUCUACUCAUCAAAGUAAUCUUGAUGAAGACGACUUGAAUGAUGAAGCAAAUGAAUUGAAAAAAGCAAUAAUUCUAAAACCAGGUGAUAAAUUUCUUGGAAUAUCAACCAAUCCUGAAUUGUAUGAAGCACAAAGUGUUAGUCGUAUUGAAGAUAUACCCGAUGAAGUACAAGAAGGCAUUGAACGUAGCCUUUCAGAUCUUGUUAGAGAUAGAAUUUAUCUAACAGAUUUUGAUCCAGACCUUCAUUGGACCAGCUUACAUGAAGAAUUUGUUGAAAAUGAAUUUGCUAGCGGUGAGCACAACCUACUUAUCUGCUAUAUGAUGAAUAAAGAUGAGCUAAAACUAGAAUUUGAAGUACCAAGAUUUUGGUGUAGUGAAAUUAAUUACUUCAUUUUCACACCAGGUGUAAAUGGGGAGAAAGUGACUGUUGAUAAUUUUGAUUUACGCAUACAAUUUGGUAGUAUAUCAGGUUCAGCUAUACAACGUUUACUCAGCGUUAUGUCAGCGGUGUUUGCACCAAAUCUAUUCGCCAAUGCAUCAUGGCCAGAUAGCAUACAUAAUGAUUUUGCAUUACAAUUACAACGUUUCAUGUCAUCACUUACCGAUGCCAGAUGGAAAUUAGAAAAUAAAACUGUACUAUACAUGCCUACAGAAGGUUUAGACUUAUUACCAGAGAUAGCAGCUAAAAAUAAAGAACUAGUGAACAGAUUUGAAAUGAUCAUUAUUCACUGGACAAGACAAAUUAAAACUGUUCUGAACUCACAGAAUGUAAUUGAUGAAAUUGAAGGCACUGGGCCAUUAGAUGAAAUUGAAUUUUGGCGUAAUCGUUGUGAAGAUUUAACAGGAAUUAGUUUACAGUUGGAUCGACCAACUAUCAAGCAUAUAACAGAAAUUUCAACAAUUGCAAAAUCAACUUAUAUUACAGCUUUUUUAAAGUUAGCUGAUGAAAUUAAAUCUAAUACGCUACAAGCACAGAAUAAUUUGAAAUUUUUAGAUACAAUUAAAGAAGUCUGUCAUCAUUUAGCUGAAUCGAAACCAGUUGAUAUUCCUGCCAAGCUACCACGUCUUAUCAAUACUAUUCGUAUGAUAUGGACUAAUUCAAAGCAUUAUAAUGAUAAAGAAGCUAUAACAGGAUUAUUUCGUAAAUUAUCAAAUGAAAUUAUAUCAAGAUGUUGUAGUGUUAUUUCACUUGAUGAUAUAUUCAAUGGAAAAGUUAUCUCCACUUCAGUAAAUUUACAUCAUUGUAUUAAUUGUUGUGAAGAAUACAAGCAGAUUUAUGAUCGAUUACAGUUGAUGCAUUCACGUAAUUCACCAAAACCAUGGGAUGCACAAAGGAGUAGUAUAUUUGCACAAGUUGAUGCAUUUAUACAAAGAUGUCGUGAUCUUUUGGAAAUAUGUGAAUGUCAAAAACAUUUUGGUCGAUAUGAAGAAGGCAAUAAAACAAUUAUGCCAAUAUUUCAAGGAAUUCGUGGUCCAGAAGUAGAGAUUCUUUUAACAACAAUUGAACAAAUGUUUGCUAAAUUAAUGAAUAAUUUAUUUGAAAAACGUCAUUAUAUCUUAGAUGUGAAGGCUACAUCAUGGCAUGAUGAUUAUAAUCGCUUCAGGAUAGGCAUAAAAGAUUUAGAAGUAAUGAUGCAGAAUGCAAUAAAUACAGCAUUUGAAACUGUUACAACUAUACAACAAGGCGUUGAAGUAUUGGAUAUAUUUGCUCAUCUUCAUCAUCGUGAGACUAUACGAAGAACUAUUGAUAAUAAAACAAACGAACUGAUAACUCGUUUUGGCAAUUGUUUAAAUCAAGUUAAAAAAGAAAUGUCUCAACGCGUCUACACUGGUAUACCAUUACCAACUGAAGCAUACUACAGUGGACAAGCUAUCUACUGGAGAUUUUUACGUCGUAGAUUAGAAAAGGAUAUGUUGGCUAUGGAUCAAGCAUUUUUCUUACCACUAUUUGAAGCUGGUUUAGGAGAUCAUCGUCAACAGUAUACGCAGACUUCUGGAGCUUUAGAGGAUUUGACUAGGAAGACAUUUAACGAAUUCCAAACAACUAUUGAAGCAGAUCCAUUAAAAUGUCUUGAAUCAUCGGUACUAGUACGUAGUCAAUUGCAACCUGGUAUGCUUGAACCAAAUUUCAGUGGGAUAGCACUUAAAUUACUCAAUGAAUUACACCACUGGAUUCGACUUGGCUUUGAACUACCGCCGAAUGCAGCUGAUGCUUAUCGACGCAGAACAGAAUUACGUUAUCUUCUUGAUCUAAUAUUAGUUGUUGUUCGAGAUUAUAAUCGUAUUAUAAAUUCACUGAAUGAAGAUGAACGUGCCCUAUUUAGAGAACGUAUAAAAAUAUUAGAUAAAAAAAUGGCACCAGGUUUAAUAAAAUUACACUGGACUGUUAAAGGUCUAGUGGAAAUGUUUGUUAAUGAUUUUCGUACACAAGCGUAUAAAUUACAAGUGAAAGUUGAUGAAUACAAAUCAGCUAAUGCAAAUAUUAAAGAUAAUUGUGAACAAAUAGCUCAAACAUUAUUGAUUAAACUAGAACCAAAUCGUGUUUAUGAAAAUACAGAAUUUGAUGACUGUCAGUCUGAACAUAGAAGAAUAACAAAAGAAAAACUUAUUGCAAUGCAUGAAGAAAUUGUUGAGAAAUUACGUGAAGUCAAAGAAACAUUUGUUUCUGAAAGUGCUGAUAUUCAAAUGCAUUGGACAAAAUAUACAGAAAAAAUGGAUCAUUUCUGUGAAGAAGCCUUUCGAAUAAACGUCAAGUCAUCAUUAAGUGAAUUACAAAGAGCAAUUAACGGUGAUGGAAGAAAUGAUCCUAAUCCUUUAUUCAAAGUAUCAUUGAAUUUAGACAAUGAUGUUUUAAUAUUCUCUCCAACUUUGGGUCAGUUAACACUUGUUGUAGCAUCACUAGGAAGUAAAUUCGCCGAAAUUAUCUCUGUUAUCCCUCGACUACCCAAUUUACUCAGCCGAACAAAAUCUGCAAAACCACCAAUAAGUGAAGUAAUUGCAACAGAUGAAGAAAUUAAUAAAAUACAAGCCAGUAUUAAACGUGGGAUGCAAGAAAUUGGUACAGCUGUUCAUGAACCACUUAGUUAUUGGGAUCAAUUUAGAGAAAUUUGGGAGCUACCUAAAGAUGACUUUAUACAACGAUAUCGACAAUUAAAUCCUCAUGUCACUUCAAUUGAUGCCGACAUAGCUAGGUAUACAGAAGUAACCAAUAAAGUGUUGGAUGCUGAAACAAUGGUUACAACAAAAUUUCUUCAACUGGAUUUCAGUUUACUGAAAAAUGCAAUAGCUGCUCAUUGUAAAGAUUGGCAAUUACGUUUGAUAAAUCUUCUAUUGUCAAUGACAACAGAUUCAUUGAAUGGAAUCUACACUUAUAUGAAUAAUGUUCAAGAAAGAAUACUCCGACCACCACAGACCUUAGAUGAACUUGGUAAUUCGAUUCAACUCUUAGAACAAAUUUUAUCUGAACAAGGUGAAAUUCAAGCGAAAUUCGGUCCUUUAGAAGAACAAUUCGCUAUUUUAGAUAAAUGUGAAGUAACCUAUACAGAGGAAGUAUCAAGUAGACGAGCUAAUUUAGCCAAUGAUUGGGUACAAUUCCAAAGUUCAUUGGCGUCAGCUGAAAUGAUGAUUAAAAAAUCAAAAGAGAAAUUCAAAGUUGGCCUGCUAAGUGAUACAGAAGAAUUUAAGCGUGCUGUAUCACACCUUUUACAAGAUCUACAAACGAAUGGACCAUUUGCAGCCCACCUUCAACCACAAGAGGCAUUAGACAUUCUUAAUAAUUUCCGUGAACAAUUAGAUAAUCUUAAGAAACAUGAACUAGAAUUACGUCAUGGGUUGAAUUUAUUUAAAAUAGAACAACCGCCAUGUAAAGAAAUUGUUGUAAUUGAGAAGGACUUAGACCUUUUAACUACUAUUUGGUCAACAAACUUAGAAUGGGAUAAAAAUUGGGAAAGUUGGAAAGUUGGCCGAUUUUAUGAUUUACAAACAAAUGAUAUGGAAAAUUUAGCUAAUACGGUAUUUCGAAAAUUUGCUAAAUGGUCACGCGAUUUAAAAGAGAGAAAUUGGGAAGUAAUUGAUGUCAGUAAAACACGAGUUGAUCAAUUUCGACGUACAAUGCCAUUGAUUACAGAUUUACGUAAUCCAGCUAUGCGUACAAGACAUUGGGAUCGUAUAAAAGAAGAAAUGAAUAAACAAUUUGAUGUGAAUUCUGAAAAUUUUACAUUAGAAUCUAUUAUUCAGCUAGGAUUUGAACAAUAUACAGAUUUAGUUAAUGAGAUUUCAAGUGCAGCAACUAAAGAAUUGGCCAUUGAAAAGGCUUUAGACGCUAUGGAACGUUUUUGGCAAAAUAAUGAACUUGAUAUGGUACCAUACAAAGAAAAAAAUACUUAUAAAAUUCGAUCUACAGAGGAAAUAUUUGAAGCAUUAGAAGAUAAUCAGGUUCAAUUAUCUACAAUGAAAACAUCACGAUUUGUUAAACCAUUUGAAUAUUUAGUCGAUGUAUGGGAACGUGUACUUUCAUUAAUUACAGAAACUGUUGAAUAUUUAUUAACUGUACAAAGACAGUAUAUGUAUAUGGAAACAAUAUUUCUAGGCGAAGAUAUACGUAAACAAUUACCAAAAGAAUCUGCAGCAUUCGAUAUGAUUAAUAUUCAAUGGCAAGCUAUCACUAUGUUUUUAAAUGAAACACGUAAUACACGAGCAUGUGCAAGUAAACCAGGUUUAUUAGAUCAACUAAGUAAACUUGUUCAAAGUUUAGAUGAAAUACAACAAUCGUUGGAUAUGUACUUGGAGACAAAACGUCAAAUAUUUCCACGAUUCUAUUUUAUAUCAAAUGAUGAUCUAUUAGAAGUCUUGGGACAAGGCAGAAACCCAGAAGCUGUUAUGCCACAUUUGAAGAAAUGCUUCGAUAACAUUAAUCUUUUAAGAUUAGAAAAGACAAGUAUAUCAUUAUUUGAUGCUAUUUCAAUGUUUUCAUUGGACGGUGAAGAAGUACAAUUUAAAAAUAAAGUUCGUCUUGAUGGGCCUGUAGAAUCAUGGCUAUGUGAUGUAGAAGAUCAAAUGUAUAAAACGUUGAGAGAUUUGUUAAGAGAUUGUAGAUUCGCCUUAAAGAAAGCAGCUAAUAAACGUGAUAAAUUUAUUAAAGAAUGGCCUGGACAAUUGUGUAUUACAUCAAGUCAAAUUCAGUGGACAGCUGAUGUUACAAAAGCCUUACAACUAGUAUCACAUAGACAAGAUAAAAGGCCAUUGAAAACUGAAACGUAA